AGAAACCACCUGUGAAAAGCGUAUGCCUGAAGCAAUUUAAUCAAAUUGCAUACAGAACAACUAAAACCACGAUCAAGUGUGAUUACAAAGGAGACAACGAACCAUUUUUUUUCUGCAAAGAGAAUAACUCUGUCUGUGAGAACAUGGUAUCAGCAGAAUCUCCUCGACAGUCAAACAGAUUCACUUUCACAAAGACAAACAGAAACUUCAGCCUGUCCAUCAGUAAUGUGUCCUCACAGGAUGAAGGUGUCUACUGGUGUGGAGUGAAAUUAAAAAAGGAGGUUGUGAUCAAAAAAAUACACCUGACUGUCAAAGCUAUUACUAAUUUCACAAGAUCACCAGCUGCUGGUCAGAACUUCACAUACUGGUGUAAAUGCGAACACGAUGCCUCACCUUCAAAAUCAAUCUGUAAGGGAGACGAUCCAUCUAUAUGUCAGCCUCUAGUAACAACCAGUGAGCCUGAUAAGAACAAGAAGUUUUUCAUAAAUGAUAAAGACAAGACAAAUAUCACUGUUACAAUAGUAAAUGUAACAGCAGAUGACAGCGGGACAUACUGGUGCGGAGCGAAAAGCGACGACCAACACAGAAGUAACGCAUUCUGCAACAGACUGAACUUGACUGUAGGGUCACCACCAACAUCCACGUCUCCCAUUUCAUCAACUACAGCGACGACUACAGCUGCAGCUGCAGCUGCUGGGAGACGUGGCGUCUCUGAGGCCAUCAUUUCUGUGAUCGUCUGUGUGGCUGUGCUGCUUUUUGUGAUACUGAUGAUCCUAAUCUAUAAACGAUUUUCAGAUUCAAAAAACACAGGAAAUGGUGCAGCAGCAUGCCGUACCAAAGAGGAUUGUACCUAUGAGGAGAUACAGGAGCGCCUCCAGCUGCCAGACUCAGAAAAUGCAACAAACACAAUUUAUGCCACUGUCAGCUCUCCAAACCCCGCGCCCUCGACACAUUACGCUACCAUUAACUUUCAAAACUCCGAUGAAGCUGCUGGUGAGACAGUCAGACUCAGCUACUCUGCCUGUGAAUAUUCUACUGUGAAGUUUCCCAAAUGUCCAACUGACUCGAGUGACACCCAACUGUACCGGCCGACCGAGGAGCCUCUCUACUCCACAGUCAACAAGCCAAGAAAAUGAGAUCAUUUAUUUAAAGAAUAUAACAGAUUUAUAUAUAACAAAUAAUGUAUUUAGUGUUUGAGUCACAGUGAUUUUGUGAUGGUGUUUUUGCUGUUCUGAGAGCUUAGAUUUUGUUUGCCUGUGAAGAUGAUUAUUAAAGCCUAUCAGGAGGAUACGGACCUGCCUCUUUCACAGGAGGAGAAGCUCACAAAGAGGUCGAGUGCUUUUGUACCACACUGUGGUACGAUACACAACACCCACACUGAGAUCCACUGAAUUUAAACACAAUGAAUGUGAAUGUAUCCUAAGCAUCUGAAUUGAAUAAUAAUAUAUCAAAAGAAUUAGCUGUUAUUUAUAACUUAACUCUGUACAGCACAGCGUUGCUCCUGGGCAACAACAUGCCCAGUACAUGUGAAAUGAACUGAGCCAACCAAUCAGAGUGUUGGAAAAGGUAUCAAAUUUCAGUCGGAUAAGAUGUUUGAGUCACUAUCAAGCAUUGUUAGUAAGGUGGGGCAUUCUGUUCUUACAUAUGGUCACUGGACCACAUGGUGUUCGAAGCUGCCAUUGUAAUUGUAAUUAAAAUGACAAACUGUAAAUAAAAGAGUACAUGUGAGUGUAAGAAGAUGUAGAAGGUUUUUUUUCAG